GCCACCGAGACGCCAGCAGAAGCUAUCAUGGGUAACACCGGGAAGAAGCGCGGCCGGGACGGCGCUGCCGGGGAUGACUUAUUGUCUGGGACCAAGUGGGCCAGAAUGAAUGCGGUAUAUGGGAGGUUCGCUCCUUUCCGGGACGCAUCAAUGGACAGGUGGCACCGGAAGACCAUGCUGAUGACAGGCAGUGGCGCUCUCCGCAACAACUUACGCGCCCUCAAUCAGAGCCUCUCUUCACAGGUCGCAGCAUUAGUUACGGACUCUGGACCGGCAGUGCAACGCACACAGCUGAUGACCGCUCAAAUUAGGCCCUUGAUGGGGCGGGCGUCCGCUCAGGGCCAGUGGACAAUGUCAAAGAUAUAUUUGAGGCACAAGAGGCGAGAAAGAUCAUGCAACAGUCACUGCUCCUGCUGGGACUUAUCAAGACAAAGCAGGAUCUCAUCACGGAAAUGACUCUGCUGCUGGACAAGGUCAUGAGAGGGGGACAGGAUGCUGGCCGGCAGUACACAUUCCUCUUCAUUGCGCCGCAUGUUGUGAGGGUGCAAAGAUGUCCUCUAUGAGUGGGUCCCAGAAGGUGGCAUUGAUGAGAAAUCCCAGCUUCCGGCACUGCAGGCCAAGCUUGCCGACAUGCAAGACAGGGUGCAAGACCUUGCCGUGCUCUUCCGCGUGGCUUUGUCUUCAACAGAGGCAGACUUGGAGCAAGUCCAGGCUGUGUUUGCAGUGCCGCAGACCACCUUCAAGUGCAUGCAUGGAGAUGUAGGAGCGCUUGCGGGCAGACAGGCAACUUGAGGAAAUGCCGCCACUGGCACCGGCAAUUGCACCUGAUAGGAAUCUGAGCUUGGUGAUUGCUCCACUUUCAACUUCGGACGAUGAAAUUCCCUGAGCAGGAAGGCCCUUUGGAUAUGAAAAUUGAUAAAGUGCACUGAUGAGAGCAGCCAGCACCGCAGUGGCCUCAGUGACCUUGUCGGAUCUCCUUUCCACAUUGCUUCUGACAGUCUUGAAGGGGGCCAUUUUCCUUUGCCCAUUUAACUAGAUGUUCAGCUAGCUGCUGCACUCGUACAGUCAUUGCGGCAUGCAGCAUUGCUUGCAUCUGAAACAGGCCUCCUAGGAGUCUCUUAAACUUCUUUGGUCGCCCCUAAAAUCCACAUUUGGCAAUGGCAGCGGAACAUAUCUUGAUGCGGCACCAAUGCUGUGAGGGUUCCAAUUUUGAUUUCAAGUGCAACACUGCAAUAGAUGCUUGCAGCAUAGCCAGUGAAGAUGCAUUGCUUUGUGCUACACUUGUACGGGUCAAGCUAGCUAGGGUGCCUAUGGUUGCCUUGGCAAUUUAGCAGUCUAGCAGAUUAAAGCAGCUAUAAGUGCGAAAAAGCGUGUAAUAAUAAUAAU